UUUUGAACUACGAAGAGUGGGGGGUGGCGGGCAAAUGCAAGAUCAAGUCAACACUUUGAAACGAUAGAACGCACAUAAGUUACAACUGCCGUGGCAGUACCAUUCAGCUUGUGUGCUGCAGAAAAGCCAUGCGCCUUAACACCACGUCUGAUUUCAAACCAUGUCCUACCCAAACUUGCUUAUACCUCAGUUGACAAUCAAGACAGUGUGUGUUAAUACUGUGUUUUUAAAUUAGGUCAACAAGGACAGGGAGGAGAUUGCCAGGAUGACAAUGGAGCGUCCUACCGAGGAACAGUCUCCGAGGACCGAAACAGGCAAGCCGUGUCAACGAUGGGACUUUCAGGUACCUCAUAGCCACGUCAACACACCUGCUAAUAAACCAUCAUCCGGACUGGAUGGGAACUACUGCCGGAAUCCUGACGGCGAACACAGAGUCUGGUGUUACACCAUUGAUCCAUUAACGAGAUGGGAGUACUGUGACGUACAGAUAUGUGAUCAACAUGGAGAUUGUCAGGAGGGAAAUGGAGCGUCCUACCGAGGAAUAGUCUCUGUGACCGAAACAGGCAGGCAUUGUCAACGCUGGGACUUUCAGUUUCCUCAUGGACACGACAACACGCCUGCUAAUAAACCAUCAUCCGGACUGGAUGGGAACUACUGCCGGAAUCCUGACGGCUCACAGAGAGUCUGGUGCUACACCAUAGAUAUCUUGUCGAGAUGGGAGUUUUGUGACGUACCAACCUGUUAGUAUCUACCAGACUCCGGAUCGCUGAAGAAUUCAAGCGUCCAGGAGUCUGGUAGAGACUAGCAACCUGUGGUAAUGUCUGAUUUUGUAACCUUAGCUUUUGUCUUAUAGUCUCCUUUCAUCUGUACAUACCUACUUCUCAACAUUUCGAUCUUCUCAUGCAUAUUUAUCAAUUAAAAUCCUCCGUAAGACGCA